AUGUUUCCCCAGGAGGACUCGUUGAAGCCCUUCAUCGGGCAAUCCGAAGAUCCUUUACUUCGCACAAGCAUCGACCUGGAGCUUUCAAGCAUGAAACCUGUUUCGAAUACCAAGCAUGCUCAGAAAGUGGCUAUCCACGAGCUGCAGGACUUAGAGGACGUCGACCUCGACGACAGCUCACUGCGCAGAAUACCCGGCUCUAUCCCACCCGUCGCAUACCUUAUCUGUUUAGUUGAACUGGCCGAAAGAGCAUCUUACUAUGGGCUUACCGGCUGUCUCAAUAAUUUUAUCCAAAGGCCAUUGCCGGCAGGCUCAACCACGGGCUCUGUGCUCGAUCCAACCUCUGACGAGAGCGCAGGCGCUCUCGGCCUUGGACUUGGUGUCGCUUCAUUUCUGACGCAGUUGCUCAGUUUCUUGGCCUAUGUCACUCCGUUGUAUGGUGGAUAUAUCGCAGAUACAAAAUACGGCAAGUUCAGGAGCGUCUGGGUAGGCGUCACCAUUGGCUUUUUUGCUCACAUGGUGCUUGUCGUAGCUUCUUUGCCAUUUGUGAUCAAAACUCUUUGGCUCUCUCUACUUUUGACGGUUGUUAGCAUUAUAGGUAUUGGUUUUAGUGCUGGCUACAUUAAACCAAAUCUAUUCCCCCUGCUGGUGGACCAAUACGCUGUUGACGAAAACUACAUCAAAGUCCUCUCUACCGGGGAACGUGUGAUUGUGGACCGAGAUGCCACGCUCGAGCGGAUGAGUCUGAUCUAUUAUUUCUUUAUCAACUUCGGCUGCUUCGUGGCCAUCUUUUCUUCCAUCAUUGAGAGAGCUUUUGGUUUCUGGAUGACGUAUGGGUUCACUGCGCUUGUGUACUCGGUUCUUCCAAUCAUGCUUAUUUACCUUAAACCUCGCUUGCAUCUGAGCGAGCCAACAGGUGUCUCAAUCUUUGAAGAGGUCAUUGUUUUACUCAAAGAGCUAUUCCAGCGUGGCUGGCUCACUAGAAUGAGUCAGGGCAGAUUCUGGAGCAUCGAGAUCUCAGCAGAUACGCAAAAACUGGCUCCCUCAGUGACAGUCGAGGAUCUGAGCACCACGAUUCAAUCGUGUGUGAUUUUUCUAUAUUUUAUCAUCUUCAACUUGAAUGACGGGUCUAUCGCCUCGAUCCAGAUCAAUCAAGCCGGCUCAAUGAGAACCAGUGGCAUUCCGAAUGAUAUGUUCCAGUCCUUCAAUCCUCUAGCAAUCCUGAUAAUCAUCCCGAUCCAGGACUAUGUGCUCUAUCCACUUCUGCGCAAACGGCGACUGACAUUUCAUCCAAUUCAUAAAAUAACCGUUGGAUUUUGUAUAUCGGCUACGGGUACACUAGUUGGUGCUUAUCUUCAAUAUUUAAUUUACAGCCGUAGCAAAUGUGGAUGGGAAGGAGCUUCAGAGUGUGAAACAGUGGCCCCGAUAUCAGCCUGGUGGUGCUCCCUGAUGUUUGGGCUACAGGCUACCGGCGAGUGCUUUGCGACCGUUACUGCCUAUGAGCUAGCGUAUACGAUGUCAUCACCGGCGAUGAAGAGCUUUGUGGUGGCCCUCUUCCUGUGUUCGAAUGCAAUCUCGAGUGUCAUCGGCGAGAUGAUCAGCUUCUGGGCCCACGAUCCUAAUUUGUAUGCCAUCUUCAUGAGUUGUGCGCUGCUUGGUUACGGCUUCGCUGUCGUAUUCCUUCUGCAAUUCAGAAACCUACAUAAGCAAUUGAAUAGUUGA